AUGUCGCCUACCCUGGUCGUCGACGUCGGCGCAUGGUCUCUCAAAGCUGGAUACGCCUCAUCCGAUAGCAAUGGCGCCUGUCACGUUGCUCCCAACUGCAUCGCCAAAUCUCGCGACAACAAGACUUAUGUUGGUUCGCAACUGUCGCAAUGCACCGACUAUGGUGACAUGACCUUUCGUCGUCCCGUCCAGAAGGGUUACAUAGUCAACUGGCCUGCUGAAGUCGCCGUGCUGGACAAUGAACUGCAACAACUUCAAUGCGAUACUUCUGAUACCAAUCUGAUCAUCACCGAACAACCCAAUGCUCCGUUACAGCUCACUCAGAAUCUGGACCAGAUGGUCUUUGAGCACUUCGACUUUGCUGCCGUCUAUCGAACCAUUGGUUCCUCGUUGAACGCCUACAACGACACUCGCGCCUUGUUCGGCGACCCUCCUGCGAAUCCAUCAGCCAUCCAACCAGCCGAUGCUCUUCUCGUAGUCGACAGCGGUCAUAGUCACACGACAGUCACCCCAUUACUAGCUGGCCGGCCCAUACACCCUGCAGUACGCCGUCUAGACGUCGGAGGCAAGCACCUAAACAACUACCUUGCCGAACUCAUUUCCCUGCGCCAUUUCUCUCUUAUGGAUGAACCCCACAUCGUUUCUCAGAUCAAAGAAGACGCCUGCUACCUUUCCACAAACUUCACUCAAGAGCUGGAAGCCGCGAGAAACAAGGAUCCUAGUAUUGUCGUCGACUAUGUCCUGCCAGACUACGAACGCUACCAUCGUGGUUUCAUUCGCCCGCACGAUGCCUCUCACAAAGCCAAGAUGGAACGUUUGGGAGUAAGACAGCCAGAUGAUCCCAUGACUGCCCGAGAAGAACUCUUUCCUCUAGCAAACGAACGUUUCGUCGUUCCUGAAAUGCUAUUCACGCCUUCAGAUAUCGCUAUGCCACAGUCUGGCAUUGCAGAAACUAUACUCCAAAGUCUACAGUGUUUGCCAGAAUUGCUAUGGCAACCUAUGCUCGCAAACAUCCUACUAGUCGGUGGCAACACGUUAAUUCCUGGCUUUGUGGAAAGAGUAGAGACGGGAGUAACCAUGUUGGCUCCUGAAGAUAUGCUUGUCCGUGUACGGAGAGCUAAAGAGUAUGUUUCUAUUGCCUUCACAGCCCUGCUUUCCUUCUCUCCCUCUUUAUCCUGUCUUGUAUCAACAAGGCAAAAUACUAACUCAAGUUCACAGNNUCCCAUAACGUCAACCUGGCAAGGAGGCUGCCGUAUGGCCAACAACCAAGACCUCUUCAAAAACGUCCUGAUCACCAGACAAGAGUACCAAGAACACGGUCCCAACUGGGUGACCAGACAAUUUGCAACNAAAAGACCAACGACUGCCAAAGAAUAG